CACAAACGUUGGGGUUUACAAAUACAAUCCACACCCACACAGUUGAUUGCUAGUUGAUUCCCUGCUCACUCACUCCCGCUCCCAAUCCCCACUAGCUCCACCAUGUCAAGCAUUGCGUCUUCGUCCUCAUGGACCUCGUUUUUAAAAUCAAUUUCGUCGUUUAAUGGUGACCUAUCCACUUUGACAGCCCCCCCAUUCAUUUUGUCUCCCACUUCUUUAUCGGAGUAUUCCCAAUAUUGGGGAGAACACCCCAACCUCCUUUUGGCACCGAACUUCUUGAAGGCUUCCGAAGGAGCCGACCAGAAUGAGUUGGAUGCCAUGGCGUUGAAAAGAAUGGUGGCAGUGGUUAAGUGGUUCAUUUCCACGUUAAGAUCUCAAUAUUGCUCCAGAAACGAAAGUAUGGGUUCGGAAAAAAAGGCGUUGAAUCCCUUCUUGGGUGAGGUAUUUGUGGGCAAAUGGGAAGAUACCAGUGAAGAUGGGACGUUGGGUGAGUCCAUUUUAUUGUCUGAACAGGUGUCUCAUCACCCUCCCGUUACCGGCUAUGCUAUAAUCAACCAAAAAAACAACACAUUAUUGCAGGGCUAUAAUGGUAUCAGGGCCACUAUGUCUGCCACCUCUAUCAAUAUCAAGCAAUAUGGACACUGUUUGUUAGAGUACAAUGCUAAAGAUUUGGCUGAAAGCUACUUGGUCACAUUACCUCCAUUGCACAUUGAAGGGUUAAUCACUGCGUCUCCAUUUGUGGAAUUGGAAGGCAAGUCAUACAUCCAGAGCUCGAACGGAUACGUGGCCGUUUUUGAGUACAGCGGAAGAGGGUACUUUUCCGGCAAGAAGAAUACUUUCAAAGCUCGGAUUUACAAGGAUAAACUAGCAUCGGCCGAUAAAGAGAAUGCGAUUAUCACCAUUAGUGGACAGUGGUCAGGCAAGAGUUAUGCCAAAAAAGGUGCGAUAGCUCCUACCAAGACUGAUGAAUUGUUCUAUGAUGCGUUUUUGGCGGAUCCUCAACACUUGACGGUGAAGCCUAUAGAACAACAACAUCCAUUGGAAACCAGAAGAGCCUGGCAAAAGGUCGCGGAGGCCAUCUCCAAAUCUGAUUACGAUUUGAUCAACACAGAGAAGUCCAAGAUCGAGAAUGAACAGAGAGAGUUGAGAAGAAAGGAAAAGGAAGCUGGUACCCCAUGGGAAACCAGGUGGUUCGAUCCAGUGGAUUAUGAUUCGGAAGUCAAGGACCAUUUCACAAACUUGACCAACUUGUCACAAUUGUCCACCAAGAACUGUCCAUCCGGAAGCUUGGUGGGUUCCAAGUAUGACGAAGGAACUGCUUUGCAUUGGAGAGUGAACGUUGACAAGUGGAACAACGAGAAGGAGAUCACUGCCUAGAGUAUGAAUAUACAGAUGACAAUAGUCCAAAUGAAACAAUGUAUUUAGUG